GGCACAUACUAAUCCCAUACUUGUUUGAUUUAUUAUGGCUACCAGCAAAUACGAUAUAACAAGUUUAUCUUGAGUCAUGCUAAAAUCCACUUUCGUUUUCAUUUACGAUUGAAUUUACCACUUAAAUUGACUUGAGAAGUUACAAACGCCGAAGUUUUAUUCGAUUCAUCACUGUUCAUAUUCACAAGAGUACUUUUGGAUUAAUUAUUCAAGGAACUGCCUGUCAAAACAAAGAUGGUGCUAAAUGACACUCACUUACUUGAAAAGUCAAUCCUGGGAUUAUGCCGUGAGGCGGUUGCCAACACAAGACGUCUUGAAGUUGACGGAAUAAUAUGUUUGACUUUCAACGGCCAGGAUCACGUCGUAAAAAUACAUGAAUUCUUUGAUAAACCAAAUUAUCCCGAAAAUCAACCCAAAGAAACUUUCGGUACAGCUAAAUCUGUUGCACGUGAAAAUGUACACCAAAGACGAAAAACGCCCAUUACAACAUACGAUAACGCCAAUAAGAAAAAUUCGGAUCGGAUUGAAGGUGAUGUUUUGAUUCAACCUAAACCAGACACUCAGGGAAGCACGAAUCCCGAACCAAAAGCUAAUGAAAACACGAAUAACGGAAUACAACAGGAAGAUUGCAGCACGAAAGGUACUUCUCUGGAAGAAUCGAAAUUUACUACACAGAUUUCUUCAGAUACUCGUACAGUGACUGGUCAUUCAUACGUAGAGAAGAGAUGUAAAACGUCCGGCAUAACACAAGACAACGUCGAAAUGAAUAUUUCGGAUCAGAUAAUGAUUGAAGCUGACACAAAUUUUAUCAAGCCCAACCCAGACAAUGAUGGAAAGAGUUCUUCCAAAAUACAACAGAAAGAUGUCAAAAUAAAAAGGACCUCUAUGAAAGUAUCGAAGACUACUUCACAUAUGUCUUCAGAUAUUCGUACAUUUUCUUGUCAUUCAGGCUUAGGAGAUAGAUGUAAAACGUCCAACACAACACAAGACAAACAACACGCCAACAUGAAUAUUUCGGAUCAGAUUAUUAUUGAAACUGAUAACAUUUUGAUUAAACCCAAACCAUGCACUGAUGGCGACACGAACUCCAAAAUGCAUGAAGAAGAUGGCAACAUGGAAGUUACUUCUCUGCAAGAUCCAAAGUGUACUACACAGAUUUCUUCAGAAACUCGAACAUUGGCUGGUCACUCAGGCUUAGAUGAUAAGAAGAAAAACAUGUCGUCUGCAACGAAUAUUCUAUGUAAGAUAUGUCAAAAUAUUUUUGAGAAUGUUGAAAUAUUCGAAGCUCAUAAUCUGGCAGCACAUAAUCAUUCUACGUGCAUUCUUUGCCUAGCUACGUUUACGUCGCUAAGUAAUAUGAAGAGACAUAUGCUCUUAAACACGUGUAUUAAACCAUACGCUUGCAAAAAAUGCCCGAAAAGGUUUUCUCAUACCGAUGGUUUAAAAAAACAUUUACGGGCACACACAUUCAAAUUACGAUGUGCUCAAUGUAAAACCGGAUACCCGAACAGAACAUGCAUGAAGAAUCACAUGAAGAAAGAACAUUACUCUAAAAUGUGUCAUAUAUGUCCAAAGUGCGGCGAAAGUUACACUGAUAUGAUUAAGUUCCAACAACAUAUGAAAUCACACCAAGAGCAAGAACGUUCAAAACAACACGUUUGUGAAAAAUGUCAUAAAGUAUUAAAAUCCCCUUAUAAGUUGCGAGAACAUAUGUUGUCUCAUCGGCCAAAGUCACCGAACAAAAUUGCCAGAAGGGUAGACAAGUAUUUUCUACAAGGUAGUGAAGUACCAUUCACAGCUAAGGCAAAAGAUGAAAACUUAAGCAAUGACUUACUUCAGAUGGAAACGGAGGAAAUAAACGAAAACCAAAUCAAUACAGACGCUGUAGAUCACCUUUCGGACAACGAAGUUAAUUUGAUUGAUAAGAAGGCAAGCAACGGAUGUAGUGACUAUUUGUGCAUAGAAUGUAACCAUGGUUUCCACACGGAAAACGAACUUCAUAAUCACGAAUGUAACACGCAUGAAAUAAUCAAUAACUCUGUCAGUGAAGAUCAAGAUCACAAUAAAUGCAAUGAUGAACAGAGUGAAAAGGAAACAACUAACCCGUAUGAAGAAUCAACGCAAGUGGACUCAAAACAUUACUGUGUUUACAACGAUGAAACUGUUACCGAACCGGUUACAUGCGGUGCAUGUCAGGCGAUAUUUUCAGUCUCUAAAGGUUUGGAGAAUCACUUAAAGUUAUACCCAGAUCAUAAACUGUAGAUUUUUUUU